GAUCGUGUGUUGCGGGACUCGUGGAGGCUGCUUCUUUCUUCUACCCCCCUCUCUCUUUUCCCUUUCUUUGUAGUGAUCAUCGCAAUGGCUCUGUGGCAAGCGCGUUCGACCCUGCUCCGCUCCUUCCGCGGUCUGCAGUGCGGACAGGUCCGCCUCAUCAGCGAGGGCCCUCUCUACGAGCAACGUUUCAUCAAUGACAAGAAGCUGGUCAACCCAAACUGGGCCAUCGAUCUUAUCCACGAGGAGCCAAUCACCAUCGUGGAUGGUAAGACGGCAGUCAGCGGAGGUGGUCCCACUGGACAUCCCGUCGAAUUUCUCAACCUGGAUCAGGAUAAGGUCGUUAUUUGCCCGUACUCGGGCGAAUUUUUCGUUCGCCGCGGUGCGCUGAAGAAGCUCCUGGAGCGUGGCGCCGUGUACGAGAAGCAGGGUCAAUACUACAAGUCACGUGACAUCACGGACGAGGAGUAGCCGCAAACCUGCCACCACCUUUUACUCCAUGGGCUACAGCGGGCCAAGGGCUGCUCUUCCUGCUUUGAAGCUCGCAGAGUCCCAGCUUGUUGCGCUUCAAGCCCCGCCACGUAUCCAACCCCUGCCGUUAGAAGCCUGUGCUCCGUGCAAAGCACCCUGAAGGAACAAAAGCAAAACGAAAAUAGAAUUCGAUAGCAACCUGAAGGCGCGUUUGCUUUGAGCAUAUCGGCUUGAUGAACCCCAUCUCUUCAAGAGUUAGCAGUGAUUUGAAGUGCCAAGUACAUGUAUUGGUGUCGUGAGUGCUGCUGAAGCACUUUACCAUCUAUGUGCAGUGUCUUGCGAUGACCCGAGGUCAAUUGUGCAAGUCCAAGUGCUGGUGUCUCAAAACAAUAAUUCAUGUCUGUCAAAGACCAGG